CAACUUGGUCACCACUCUCAUGGGCGCCGCGGUGGACCUCCAGUCGCAAAAGCUCAUAAAGACGUCGGUGACAAACCUGUCUCUCCUUGUGCCGCUGGGAAAUACGACGGACGCUUGGCUCAAACUGUUCAACAGAAUUCUGGUCCUCCCACCUGGAAUUGCUCUGGGAAGGCACGACGCUGUUAGACUGCGCGACCGCGACGUGAUCAAUACCAGUGUGUACCUCGCUGGGCUGGAUACGGAGACGGAGACUCGUUUGGCGCUCAGCGUGGGUCUCCGUGUUGUCGAAUUGCUCGGCUGGAUGGUGGACCCUCGGUUAGAGGCACCGCCUGACCCUCCUGAGGGCCAGCGGACGCGUCGCUGCUUGUCGCAAGUGCAGCACUUGGUAGGUGCCGCCUGGCGCGACCUCCUGAUCAUGCCGCACCACGACGGCGGAGUCAUCGACGCCGUGAGGAGCGUACUGCAGCGCGCCAGGCCUGCGCUACCUGGUCCAGCGGUGCUCUUCAAUAACGCGUCGACCGACUCUCCCGCGCUGCUUCAGGUGGCCCAAGGAACCACCGCCUUCUCCAGCUGGAUAGCUCUGAGCGAGGCCCACGCUCAAGAACGACGAGACUCAACGGCAGCGCUGAUGCUCGAGCCCUACUCGUGGCUCUUUCCGUUCUUUCACGAAGACCUGCCGGUGGCCGUGAACUUUGCCGGCCUCGGAGAGCUGGCCGCACGGCGACUGCUGGACGAGUAUCACUCCUCCCCAACCUCUCGGCGAGACCGCUAUGCGCUCAUCGUAGCGCUGUCGGCCCUGCGCUUGCUGGGCGCGUCCACUCCCGACGACCAGCGCCUCUUCUUCGUAGCAAUGUGCCACACACACUGUACGAGUACAGGCGAAGAGGCUUCCGAGAAGAGGGUCCGUGCCGCGCGCCGCUGUAAUGACGUCGCCAUGCCGUUGCUCGCCUUCAAGGACGCAUUCCGGUGCCUGCCCUCUGCUCGAGGAAAGAAGGCUUAGAUAUUAGGUAGACCUAUUUAUGUACUUAACAUUUUUAACUUGUUCAUUUGUGCUUAUUUAACAUUGCUAAUCCCAAUUAACUUUCAUCGCCCUAAGCAUACUUUCGUCGAGUGGUUUUGAGAGAGCGUUCAUGUGUGUU